AUGUGGAAAUUAACGUUGCGACGCACCGGAGUUCUCUCACGACGACAGUGGUCACCAAUUACCCUCUCAGGCGACAUGCCCAAGCAAAUGUCCCCUCGUCAUUGUUCUCUGCUCUUAUUGAUUUCUUCUUCUUCUUUUUCUUCUUCUUUUCUUCUUUUUCUUCUUUUCUUCUUCUUCUUCUUCUUCUUCUUCUUCUUCUUCUAUUGUUGCUGCUUCCCUCCCAUUUUAGUUCACGUACUGUUUAUUUUUUCUUCUUGUAUUCUUCAUUCCUUUUCUCCUCCUUCACCUAAACCCUCUUCUUCUUCUUCUUCUGCUGCUGCUGCUGAUGAUGAUGAUGCUGACCUUCUUCUUCUUCUUCUUCUUCUUCUUCUUCUUCUUCGUCGUCGUCGUCGUCGUCGUCUCCUUUUUCUUCUUCUUUUUCUUCUACUUCUCCUUCUUCUACUACUACUAUUAAUAAUAAUAAUACUAUUAUUACGAUUGCUGCUUCUUCCUUUUCAUUUUAGUUCAUUUUCUCUUCUUUGUCUUCUUCUGCUUGUCUUCUUUCUUCCUUCUUUUUCUUCUCCAUCACUUAACUCUAUUCUUCUUCUUCUUCUUCUUUACAAUUCCGAGAGUCUGUUAAUAUCUAUCUAUCUAUCUAUGUAUGUAUCUAUCUAUCCAAUUCUGUUUUAUAUCCGCACGUUCAUUAUCUAUCUAUCUAUCUAUCUAUCUAUCUAUCUAUCUAUCUAUCUAUCUGUUGUUCACUAUCUAUCUAUCUAUCUAUCUAUCUAUCUAUCUAUCCCAUUCUGUUUUAUAUCCGUAGAUUUAUCUAUAUAUCUAUCUAUCUAUCUGCUAAGUUUUACCUGA